GUUUUGUUUUAAUCAACUGCAGUUUUAAUCGAAAAGGUUGGUUCAGUUUUUCUGUUCCAAUUGUAUACAUUUGCAGAGUGCAAGCUAGUUUUAAGUUUGAGAUGAUGAUACUUGGAGUGAUUACUAUUGUACUACAGGUAGUUCUAGUGUCCAGUCAAGUAUGCCCUACAUGGUUUAUACGCCAAGCAAACAAGUGUGAGUGCGGACAACAGAUCGAUACUAUAUUGCAGUGCUCGAAUGUGACAUACAGCAUAAAAAUACUAGACGAUUACUGCAUAACAUACAACAAUGACACAGAGCAUUUUGGAGCUUGCCCAUACAAUACAAAAAGUCACCUAUCUAGAUCCAUCAAACUACCAUCUGAUGUAUCAAAGCUAGACAAGGAAAUGUGUGGUCCUCUCAAUCGCACAGGGCUACUCUGUAGUCACUGUCAACCAGGACUGGGACCGGCCGCCUUCUCUUACUACAAAGAGUGUAAGGAAUGCAUGCCACAACCUUUAGGAUGGCUACUCUUCUUUGUCAGGCUUACAGUACCGUUGACUUUGCUCUGUGUGAUUGUUAUUGUGUUCCGGAUAAAUUUUGUUUCCCCAGUUUUGUACAGCUUUGUUUUGAUUGCUCAGGUGCUAAACACUGUAUUGUGUAGAAAUGACCCAUUUGCUAUCAGUGGAUAUACUCCCUCCUAUUCCUUUUAUAAAUUUGUGGCUGACUUUAUGGGACUAUUCAAUUUGGACUUCUUUCUGUUCUUAAUUCCUCCCUUCUGUAUCAGUGAGCACAUGAGCACACUCACAGUCGUAGCAUUGGAGUACUUAGAAGCUCUGUAUCCAAUCACUUUUACUUUGGCUGUAUACUUGUUCAUUUCACUCCACGACAGAGGAUGCAAGAUAAUUGUAAUUUGCUGGAGGCCAUUUCACAAGUGCUUAGCAAGGUUUCGGAGACGCUGGGAACUAAAAGGCUCUGUAGUAAAUGCAUUUGCAACAUUCUUUUUACUAUCCUACAGCAAAUUUUGUUCCAUUUCAAUUAGCCUGUUGAAGCCAAUACCUUUAUAUGACAAAUACGGAAAUGUAACGUACACUCUCUUCUUCGCAGCCGAUUUCAAUGUGGGCACAUACAUUCCACUCGCUAUACUCUCAUCAAUCCUCACUGUUACCGUGGUAUUUCUACCAGCAGUGUUUCUGCUAUUUUACCAGAACCGUUUCUUUCAGAGAUGCCUUUUUUCCUGCAAAAUCAAAUGUGUUCUAAUUCACGAGCUAGCAAACAUCACACAGGGCUAUUUCAAGAACGGCACAACACCUGGUACUAGAGACUGUCGAUGGUUUGCAGGCGUCUACCUACUGCUGAGAAUAAUAUUCAUAGCCUUUGGUGGUCAGGUGUACCACCUUAUUGUGUACCAAAUGAUCUUCAUUAUUACACCUGCUAUCAUCCUUGGCCUACGACCAUACAAGAAAGACCGUUACAACUAUUUUGAUGCUUUUUUCCUAAUACUGUUUGCAAUGGGGUCAGCUUGGUACAUUUACCACGAGGCUUUUAGGAAUAGUCCAUGGUUGUUUGUAUUGAUUAUCGCUAUAUGUUUAGUACUGCUGUACAUCUUAAUGUUUAUUUCAUGGAUGAUAUCUUCCCUAACUAAAUGGUGUGGUUUCAGCUGCUGUCAUCAAACACGAGCUACACACCAGACAGGAUCGUCUACAGAUGAAGAAGCUCUUCCACAUCGUAUCAGUGAUCCAAGCGAAUACGCACUGUUGUUACCAUCAACCACAUAAUUACAUUUCCAGCUGUUAGCAUCCAUUUACUAUACUAUUACAAUACAGAGAACUAUACUUGCUAUGUUUUCUAUGAUUGUAUAGUACUUCAUGAUUAUGAUAAGUCUUAGGGUUUCUUUUAUUCACAAAAAUAUACUAUUGCACAGCUUGGACAUCAUUAUAAGUAUACCUCAUCAUGUACAUGUAGUGCUGUUUAUGUGAAAUAAAUAUAGCAUGCACACACACUGUUAUUUCAAUUCUGCUUACACUGACUUUGUAACCAAAAAUCAAUACAUGCAUGUAUGCGUGGGGUUAAUAAAAGAGCUCUAGACACUUAUAUUGUGCACUUUAAACACGAAGGGGGAGAG